GCGAAAGCUAGGUCGUCUGAGAUAAACCGUGUCAGCUCGUCCAGACCGCCAUGUGGACCUUCUGGAUCCAGCUGAUGUUGGUCAGCACGUCCGUCCAGCAGGUGACCAGUUCAGGACGACACUCCCUGUGGACAAUGGCCACCUACAUCUCAGGACCCUCACAGUUUCCUAAAUGUAGCUUGGUGCUGAUGCUGGACGACCUCCAGGUGGGCUACAUCGACUCAACACUGGACAAUCCGGUCAUCAGCGGCAUGGACAGGACUCCUUUGAACCUGGGUCAGAAUGCCAUGAGGAUUGUUCAUCAUAUCUACUCCAACAUGAGGGGCCGAAUCAAAUACUCCACGAAGCGCUUUAACCACACCAAAGGUCUCCAUGUUCAGCAGCGAAUUGCCGGCUGUGAGAUCCAGGAUGGACAGCCAAUGUUCAUCAUGUCACGUGACGGUUAUGAUGCUCAGGAUUUUGACUGCAUAAUGUUCGACACAACUCACCUCUCCUACACGGUUGGAGAUGGCUGGGAGAGCCAGUGGAAUGCAGCAGAGUUGCAUUACGUCCAAACUCUCUACCAACAUUUCUACCUUCCGACAUGUGCUGCAGUCCUGAAUCAGCUUCUAGACCAGAAUAAGAACCUCUUGACCCGUCAAGUCCAGCCAAGAUUAACCAUCUUCUCCAAGCAGGUGAAGGGCAGAGCUCUACUCACCUGUCUGGCCACAGACUUCUACCCUCGCCACAUCAACCUGACACUCCUCCAGGACGGACGACAGGUGCAGCAGAAUCAGCUGACCGCUGGUCGGGUGCUGCCCAACGGCAAUGGCCUUUACCAGAUGAGGAUAACACUGGUGCUGACAGAGCAGGAGCUGCUGCAGAAACACAACUACACCUGCACCGCUGCUCACCUGAGCCUGGACAACCGGCUGCUGGUGAGCUGGAGGGCAGGGUCCUACUACUCACACCGGGCACACCUGCUCUCUCCGCUUGUCCUGGUCACUGUGGUUCUGCUGCUGCUCCUGGUUCUGGUCAUAGCCAAGUGUUGCAAACCUCGGGAGCCAGGAGCUCGCAGAGACACAGUGGAGGCAGAGAGCGCCACCAUGGUCAACCGCAACACAGACACUGUGUGGCCACCAGGGGGAGUCCGGUGAGGAAGGUGCAUCCUUGCUGGUGGACUUCUUCCGUUCUUGCUUCCAAGUUCCCUCUUUCAUCUGUCAGUCGUUCUCUGGUGGUGUUGUGACAGUCCAGUGAGUAGAAGAAACAACACUGACUUGACGUCGAGUUUCCAGAUGAGUGAUACUGAACAGCUCUUUUAGCUUAGCAGGAAGUUCUGCUCCUGUACUCUCUUUCGCCGACACUUAUCCUGGCUUUGGUGGCAUUCUAUUUUAAGAGGAGCAGUAGAAGAAGUUGUUCUGGGAAUAAAAUGUGAUGGUCGCUGGUGUGAGAGAUAAAUAAAGAAUGCAAUGAAUGAAGCCUGUUGUUUGGUACCAGUGGUUAAAACACCCAGUCAGAGUGCCAACAGUGUGGACAACUACAUGAAUCAAGGCACAGCAAAUUCCUGGAAUAGCCUUGACC